AUGUGUAUUACUAAGCUUGAGUCUGAGAAUGGUGAAUGGAUACAAGGGGAAGAGAAUAUUGUUAAAACUGCCUGUGAUUACUAUAAACAAAUUUUCACUGGCAAAAAUGAGGCUAUUAAUGAGGAUAGUCUUCAGUGUAUUAGUAGAAUCAUUACUGAUGAACAAAAUAUUAAGCUGGAACAGAUGCCUAAUAUAGAUGAAUUGAAGAAUGUGAUAAUGAAUAUGAAUCCCAAUUCUGCACCAGGACCAGAUGGUAUAGGGGGGAAAUUUUUUCAGGUAUGUUUUGAUAUAAUAAAAGAUGAUCUUUUGGCUGCUGUUCAACACUUUUUCAAUGGUUUUGACAUGCCUAAGUAUAUGACUCAUGCUUGUUUGGUGUUGAUACCUAAAGUUGAACAUCCUAAUAAGCUAAAAGACUUUAGACCUAUUAGUCUAAGCAACUUUACUAACAAGAUCAUUUCUAAGAUUAUGAGUACUAGACUGGCACCUAUUUUACCUAGUAUUAUUUCUAAAAACCAGUCAGGCUUUGUAAAAGGAAGGAGUAUUUCUGAAAAUAUAAUGCUGGCACAAGAAAUUAUCCAUAGAAUUAACUUGCCUCAUGAAGGAGAUAAUGUGGUUAUUAAACUUGAUAUGGUUAAAGCUUAUGAUAGAGUUUCUUGGGCUUACACUUGUUUAGUUUUGAGAAAAUUAGGCUUUGGUGAACUGUUUAUAGACAGAACUUGGAGAAUUAUGAGUAAUAAUUGGUAUUCCAUUGUUAUCAAUGGAAAAAGACAUGGUUUUUUCCAUUCUUCUAGAGGUCUUAAACAAGGAGAUCCCUUAUCCCCAGCCCUAUUUAUUUUGGGAGCUGAGGUAUUAUCUAGACAGCUGAACAAUCUUUAUCAGAAUCAGGAUUAUAGGGGUUUCUAUAUGGAGAAGAGAGGACCACAGAUUAACCAUUUAAGUUUUGCUGAUGAUAUAAUAAUCUUCACCUCCACAAACAGAAAUUCUCUCCAACUAAUUAUGGAAACUAUUGCUGAAUAUGAGAAAGUAUCUAAUCAGCAAGUGAAUAAGGACAAGAGCUUCUAUAUGGUUACUAAUAAUACUAAUCAGAAUGUUAUUGAAGUCAUCAAUGAGGAAACUGGUUUUAGAAGAAAGCAUAGCCCUAUUAUGUAUUUAGGUUGUCCUUUGUAUAUUGGAGGACAAAGAAUAAUUUACUAUUCUGAAUUGUCCAUACCUAUUCAUACAUUGGCUGCUGUUUCACCACCUAAAACUACUCUUAGAUAUAUUAGAAGAGUUAUAGCUUACUUCUUCUGGGGCACUAAUAGGGAUAAAAAACAGUAUCAUUGGGCAUCAUGGGAGAGUUUAGCUUUUCCUUAUAUAGAGGGUGGUAUUGGAGUUAGAUUAUUAGAAGAUAUAUGCACUGCUUUUCAAUACAAACACUGGUGGGAAUUUAGAACUAAAAAGACUUUGUGGAGUUGUUUUUUGAAGGCAAAAUACUGUCAAAGGUCUAAUGUAGUAGCAAAGAAAUAUGAUACAGGGGAUUCCUUGGUCUGGAGGUAUCUUACCAGAAACAGAUAUGAUGUGGAAAGGUAUAUUUCAUGGAAUAUAAAGACUGGUAACUGCAGUGUUUGGUGGGAUAAUUGGCUUGGAGAUGGUGCAAUAGCAACCUAUUGUGACUAUAUUUCCAGUCUAAAUAAUACUCAGCUAUUAGAUUUCAUUGAAGAUGGAAAGUGGAAUAAGUCUGUUAUAAGGCAACAUAUUCCUCCACCUCUUGUUCCAAUGAUUCUAACUUAUAGAUUACAACUUAAAGAGGGUAUUUCUGAUUUAGCUUAUUGGAGAUUAGAAGAUAAUGGUCAAUUUUCAAUUUCAUCUGCAUGGGAGAGUAUAAGGAAGAAAAAAGAACCUGAUAUAAUUAAUAAUAGUAUCUGGCAUAGAAAUAUUCCUUUUAAAAUUUCCUUCUUUAUGUGGAGAGCUUUGAGGAAUAAACUACCUACCAAUGAUAGUCUGAUUAGAUUUGGAAAAGAAGAGGAAGACUGUAAUUGUUGUUAUAGGAAGGGCAAAGAUGAUUUAAAUCAUAUUCUUAUUACUGGUCAAACAGGUGGUGGAGGUAUACUUAGAGAUGAUCAAGGUAAACUUAUUUAUGCUUUUUCUAUUCCUUUGGCUUUUGGUACUAAUAAUUUUGCAGAAAUACAAGCUGCUCUUCAUGGAUUAAAUUGGUGUCAACAACAUGGAUUCAAGAGGAUCAUAUUGGAAGUAGAUUCUGAAUUACUGGUCAAAUGGAUCAACAACACACAGUACAUUCCAUGGAGAAGUCAACAAGACAUUCAGCAGCUUCAAGACAUAAGCAAGAACAUGGAAUAUUUUCAGUGCCAACAUAUUUAUAGAGAGGCAAAUGCCACGGCUGACUUACUAGCAAAAGGGAGUCACAAGAUGGAUAUAAUUCAACAUUUUUACACCUCUCAGCAGCUUAGAGGUGCUAUUAAAGGAAAUUACAUAUUAGACAAAAUGGGCAUGCAACUAUUUAGAAGAAGGAAGAUCAAGAGGAUUAAACAUCCUCCAUGA